AUGUGUGGAAUCUUCGCUUGCCACCAUGGGCGGCCGCACAUCGGACGGGGGCCUUCUCCAGGUCUGAUCGAGUCCGCGCUGACCAUUGAUUGUGUGACAGUCACCCCGAUGUGCAGACAUUCAAGCCCACAGCUUUGCGCAUGGCCAAAGCUUCCUCGCUCACGAGCGCUUGUGUAUCGUCGGUGUCGGUUCGUACUCAUGCCAAGCUUCCCGCUUUCGAAUUUGCAUGUUAAACUCACAGCAGACUCCGGAGCGCAACCCCUCGUUAACGAUGAUGGCACCAUUGCCCUGGCCGUCAACGGCGAAAUCUACAACCACCGGAUCUUGAGAAAGGGGCUGAAGAAGCAGUACAACUUCAAGACACAUUCAGAUUGUGAAGUGGUCAUUCCUUUGUAUAUGGAACAUGGCCUUGACGCUCCUAAGCAUCUUGAUGGCAUGUUUUCUUGGGUUCUUUAUGACAAGAAGGAAGACCGGGUGGUCGCCGCUCGUGACCCCAUCGGUAUUACCAGCUUCUAUAUCGGAUGGUCCUCGGAGACCCCUGGAGCUGUUUACUUCGCCUCCGAGCUGAAGUCUUUGCACCCUGUAUGCGACAAGAUUGAGGCUUUCCCCCCUGGCCAUGUGUACGACUCCAAGACCGAAUCGAUGACCCGCUACUUCCAGCCCAAGUGGUGGGAUCCCACCAACGUCCCCACAGCUCCUGUUGACUACAAGGUUAUCCGUGCAUCUCUGGAGAAGUCCGUGCGCAAGCGUUUGAUGGCGGAGGUGCCUUAUGGUGUUUUGCUGUCUGGCGGUCUCGAUUCCAGCUUAGUGGCCUCCAUCGCCCAGCGGGAGACCCUGCGUAUGCAAGAAGCGGCCAAGAACGCUCUUGUAGACCAGACUGGCGCGUCUGAUCUGGUCGGCAUUGACGAUACUAACGAGCUGUCGACCGUCACUACUUUCCAGCAAUUGCACUCCUUCUCUAUUGGUCUUCCUGGCGCGCCCGACACUGAAGCCGCCCUUGAGGUGGCCAGAUUCCUGGGCACCAAGCACCAUGCCUUCACCUUCACCGUUGAGGAAGGUCUCGACGCUCUCUCCGAUGUCAUCUACCACCUUGAAACCUACGAUGUGACGACUAUCCGCGCUUCUACUCCCAUGUACCUGCUCAGCCGUAAGAUCAAGGCUAUGGGCGUCAAGAUGGUCCUCAGUGGAGAGGGCAGCGACGAGAUCUUCGGUGGUUAUUUGUAUUUCCAUGCCGCUCCCAACAAGGAGGAGUUCCACAAGGAGACUGUCAGACGUGUCAAGAACCUGCACUUGGCGGAUUGUCUCAGAGCCAACAAGUCCACCUCUGCUUGGGGACUCGAGGCUCGUGUGCCUUUCCUGGACAAGGAGUUCCUCGAGGCGGCCAUGGGUGUCGACCCUCAGGAGAAGAUGAUCACGAAAGAGCGCAUUGAGAAGUACAUCUUGCGGAAAGCCUUCGACACCUCGGACGAGCCUGACACCAAGCCUUACCUCCCGGAGAAGAUCCUCUGGCGUCAGAAGGAGCAAUUCAGCGACGGUGUCGGCUACAGCUGGAUUGACGGCCUGAAGGAUCAGGCCGAAAAGCAGAUUACGGAUGAGAUGAUGAAGAACCCCAGGCCGGAAUGGGGUAACGAUAUCCCUGACACCAAGGAAGCGUACUGGUAUCGCAUGAUGUUUGACGAGCACUUCCCCCCAACUUGCGCAUCCACCGUCGAGCGUUGGACACCGACAUGGUCGAAACAGACCGACCCUAGUGGAAGAGCUAUCGCGAUCCACGCUGCCAAGUAUGAGCACGUUGAGUAA